GCAACAUCAGCACAGCCCAUUUGGCCAGCUGCUGCUCAGACUGGGCUACCACAGGUCUGCAGUGUGCAGUCUGAAGUCUGAAUGGAGAGUCUCAGCAGCAGCUCCCGCAUUUGCAUUUGAUGCAGACUUCAGUCAAGCGACCACAACACCCGCGGAGGCUUCUGAACUUCACAAAACUUUGCCGUCAGCAGAUUUAAAUUCCCAGAGACGAGGUAGUGUUGGCAAUACAGCUUUCAUUUUUGAUACACGAGUUGCAGAUGUAGUUUAGAUGAGCUUUCAGUUCGUAUUUGUUCCAGAAGCGCAGUGUAGAGCGAGUCCAGACGGACUACUUUUUCUGGCGGAGUAGCAGUAAGUCCAGGGCGCAACAGACUACCGGUGCACAGUCGGCUGUUUAGCUCGAUACAGGGCGAAGGAGUGUGCUGCAGCCGGGGAGUUUUAACUUAGAGAUGCUCUACAGCUUCGCUUCAUAAAGUAAAACUGCUUUUCUUUUUUUUUUUUUUUUUUWYUUUUUUUUUYUUGCUAAACAACGCAUUAAACCUUCGCCGUUUGGAGCGUUGUAGGGCCAGGUGGUUUUGGUCCAAACCGGCGGACUUCCCGACACUGGAGUGACUUGACUGAACUCUGAAAGAUGUCAAUUUUGCCUUUCACUCCCCCCAUCGUCAAAAGACUUCUGGGCUGGAAGAAGGGAGAGCAGAACGGCCAGGAGGAGAAAUGGUGCGAGAAAGCGGUUAAAAGUCUUGUGAAGAAGCUGAAGAAGACGGGGCAGCUGGACGAGUUGGAGAAAGCCAUCACCACGCAGAAUAUCAACACGAAAUGCAUCACCAUACCGAGGUCUCUGGAUGGCCGCCUGCAGGUGUCCCACAGGAAGGGUCUGCCUCACGUCAUCUACUGCCGGCUGUGGCGCUGGCCCGACCUGCAGUCUCACCACGAGCUGCGAGCCGUGGAGCUGUGCGAAUACGCCUUCCACACGAAGAAGGACGAGGUGUGCGUCAACCCAUACCACUACCAGAGAGUAGAGACGCCAGUCCUCCCGCCGGUGCUGGUGCCCAGACACACAGAAAUCCCCAGCGAGUUCCCGCCACUGGACGACUACAGUCAUUCAAUCCCUGAAAACACCAAUUUCCCUGCUGGCAUUGAGCCCCAGAGCAACUACAUACCAGAAACGCCGCCGCCGGGCUACCUCAGUGAAGAUGGAGAGACCAGCGAUCACCAGAUGACACACAGCAUGGACACGAGCUCCCCAAACCUGUCACCUAACCCUGUUUCACCCACACACAGUAACCUCGACCUCCACCCUGUGACGUACUGUGAGCCGGCCUUCUGGUGCUCCAUCUCGUACUACGAGCUGAACCAGCGGGUAGGAGAGACCUUCCACGCCUCGCAGCCCUCGCUGACGGUGGACGGAUUCACAGACCCCUCCAACUCCGAGCGUUUCUGCCUGGGACUGCUGUCCAACGUCAACCGCAAUGCAGCAGUGGAGCUGACACGCCGACACAUAGGUCGCGGCGUGCGGCUGUACUACAUCGGAGGAGAGGUGUUUGCAGAGUGUCUCAGUGACAGCGCUAUCUUCGUCCAGAGCCCCAACUGUAAUCAGCGUUACGGUUGGCACCCCGCCACGGUCUGCAAGAUCCCCCCUGGAUGCAACUUGAAGAUCUUCAACAACCAGGAGUUUGCUGCCCUGCUGGCUCAGUCGGUCAACCAGGGAUUCGAGGCCGUCUACCAGCUCACCAGGAUGUGCACCAUCCGCAUGAGCUUCGUCAAAGGCUGGGGAGCCGAAUACAGGCGGCAGACAGUGACCAGCACCCCCUGCUGGAUUGAGCUGCACCUGAACGGCCCGCUGCAGUGGCUCGACAAGGUGCUCACUCAAAUGGGUUCCCCGAACAUUCGAUGCUCCAGCGUCUCUUAGGGACGUCCUUCGUCCACUCAUUUCUCACACGCCACGUCCGCAACCCCCCACCCCCUUAGUCCCGACGUUGCAUUCAGUCCCUCCCUUCAUUCAGACACUCCUUGCUCCUCCCCCCACCUCCGCACCUGCUGUCAGAAGCACUUUUUUUGAAACACUUUUGUGUUUGUGGCAAAAAGGGGACGAAGUGCAUUAAAGUCGUUAAUAGGAUCUCAACACAUUGUCCGAGUUAAUUUGAUGGUAGUUUUCAUCCGCAAGCCAGAAACUUUACUUUUUUUUUUUUGUUCUUUCUUGCUUGAUUGAAAUUUGCUGUUCAUAUUUU